AGAAAAAGAAAGAGUUUUGUGGUGAAUUUCUCUGCAGCUAAACUGUCUCUCAUAAUAAACUAGGAAGCACCUCAGAAGAUUCACAGGAUGGAGAUUAAGACUGAGACGGAGGAACAUGUCCUGAAUUUGGACAUCGUCAAAGAAGAGUGUACUAUUCAGGAAGAUCUGAUGCCUGAAUUACUGAUUGAAUCAAUUCCUGGAAGUUCUCAAGGAGUGAGGCCUGAUAUUUUGAAGUGUGGUGGUGAUCCGAAGUUCCAGUGUUCAGAAUGUGAGAGGAGCUUCUCAACUAAACGAGCUACAAGGAUACAUACACUUAAAACACACUACGGGCUAUCUGAAUUCGAUAUAAGCGGUAAGGUCCUCACGUGCGAUGAAUGCGGCAAGAAGUUCCCCACACAGAGCAAAUUAUCCAAACAUAAGCGCAACCACAGUACAAUCAGGCAGCAUCAGUGCACUGAAUGUCAGAAGUGCUUCAAACGGGGAUCACAGCUGACCUACCACAUUGCCUCAGUUCACACAACGGAGCGUGCCUUUACGUGCAACAUCUGUGGCGAUGCCUUUAAGGCGAAAGCUGCUCUAAAUCGUCACUUCUACCGGCAUCAGGAUGAAAAUCGGAUCCCGUGCAAGAUUUGUGGGAAGAUAGUCCGUCGAGACUGCAUGAGGAAUCACGUAAUGAAGAUUCAUCAUGGAUUGAAAUUUGAAUGUGCCCACUGUGCGAAGAAGUACACAACAAAGGUGAACAUAAAGCGACACAUCAUGAAGAUUCAUCUGAAAAUGAGUCUGUAUGAGAUUACGGGGAAAAAGAUUUCUUGUCCAGAAUGUAAGAAAGAAUUUUGCGAUAAGCGCACUUUGAAAUCUCACCUGAUUUCCCACAAUACUGCUAAGAACUUCAAAUGCCCUCAUUGCUCCAAGGAUUUCAAAGGGAAGAAGCAUUUGGGGGAACAUCUCAGAAGGCACGAGAAGAGUCAGAAUUUCUCUGAUCUCAGAAAAAAGAUUUCAUCAACCAAAGUAGAAGAAGACUCAGGAAACUUAGAAUAUGAAGCAAAAUCAAAAGAAUCCUUGUCAGUUGAUCCAACUAAAAUCAAAAACGAAUAUCCAGAAGAUGAAGAAGAACCUGAAACCCAUUUUAAAACAACCGUUCAAGUACCUAAUGAUAGCAGAAAUGAACUAAAUUCUUGGAUUAAAAUAGAAUAUGAUUAAAUCAAAGAAUUGUUUUAAAAAUAAAAUGAUUUUGUGGUAAAGAAAA